CCGGAGAGAAACGUCAAACGAAAUGACGUCUUGUCUGUCAUUUAUGCGUGGAGGGCAAACAAGAAAAACUUUGCAUUUAUUUCUUUAAAGAAGUGACAAAUAUAAAACGUACUGUGUAAUAAUAAUCAAAAGUUAUCAUUUAUUAAAGUAAAAAAUGCCUUCAACGUGCUGCGUUAUUGGUUGUUCCAAAAGAGCAGAACGGGAUCACACUUUCAGUUUUUUUCGCUUCCCGGCCGUCCACAAAAAACCAACCGAGAUUUAAAUCUCUAAAGCAAGGAGAACAGCAUGGCUAAAUGCCAUUAAAAGAAAGGAUUUAAAAGAGAGCUCACUAAAGUACACAAGAAUAUGUUCUCAACAUUUUAUUACAAGUCGUCCAGCUAAGCUUAAAGACAAGCUACAUCCAGAUUGGAUACCUUCUUUAAACAUGGGAUAUCCGCAAUUCUCGAAACCCGGAGUGGGACGAUACCAAAGGUUAAAAAAUCGAACCAAAUUGAAAGAUGAUGUUAUCCCUGAGGUAGAUCCAGUAGUUACACCAACAGUUGCUGUGGAAGUAGAAGUGGAGCUUAGUGAGCUGGAACAACUGAAACUAGAAUUAAAAGCUAAAGAUGAAACAAUCAAGGCAUGUGAGGAUAAAGCGAAAAAAUUAGCAGAUCAACUAAAAGAAAGUACUGAAAUGUAUGAGCAGAAGUUGCAACAAAACGAAAAGGGAAUGAAAGCAAUGGCUGGACAGCUAAAAGUUAGGAACAUGAGUAUCACUGAUUUCGAAAACAAUGAUUCUAAGGUUCUAUACUUUACCGGUAUCCCAAACUUCACAACAUUAAGUCAUCUAUUUGACUUUUUAAAGGACUAUAUAUCAUCGAGUCCAAUGAAACAAAUUAAUGUUUUUGAUGCCUUUAUGAUAACCUUGAUGAAGUUGCGACUAGACCUACCAUUUACUUAUCUGUCUUUUAAGUACGGGGUUACAAUCAAGACGUUGUCAAGAAUUUUCCAUGAAAAUGUAAUUGUGUUCCAAGCGAAACUAUCUGCAUUUGUUCAUUGGCCUGAAAAAAAUGCUUUGAAACGUAAUACACCUCCGUAUUUCAAAAAAGCCCUUGGAAAUAAUUUUACCGCAAUCAUUGACUGUUUCGAGGUUUUUACUGAAACCCCAGGCGAUUCACUUGCUAAAUCAGAAGUUUUUUCAUCUUACAAGCAUCAUAGUACUCUGAAGUACUUAAUUGCUAUAUCCCCAGCUGGUGCAAUAAUUUUUGUGUCCAAAGGAUAUCGUGGUAGAUGCAGCGAUAAAACCGUAGUUGAGAGUUGUGGUUUCACCAGCAACAUUGAAGAAGGUGAUAUAAUACUCUCUGAUCGAGGAAUGCUGGUAAAUCGUGUAAUUGUGGAAAAAGGAGCAAAACUUUUAAUGCCUGCAUUCCGAAACGGCAGAGACCAAAUGGAUGCUGAUGACCUUGAAAGGACAAGAAACCUUGCCAAGAUAAGGGUUCAUGUUGAAAGAGUGAUUGGUCUUCUCCGACAAAAGUACCUGAUUUUAACAAAUCGUCAGCCAAUAACAGCGACAUCAAAAAUAAACGGCGAUGAAAUGUACUUUGACUACAUUGUCAAAAUAUGCUGUGCUUUGACUAAUUUAAGUCCAUCCAUAAUUAAUUUAACAUAAACAAAUGAUUUCAUAAGUAAUUUUUUUUUAUUAAAUAUAUAUUCAAAAACUUGAACACAAAAAAGUAUUAAAAAACAAAAACAAAUUCAUAUUCAUUUAAAUAAAUAAUAAUGUUAUUAAUUAAGAAGGCAACAAAACAAAAUAAGAUAGAAAAAAAAAACUUCAUAUGAAAUAAACAUAAACUUAUCAACUAAAAAUUCACAGCUUUUUUAUCACAUAAA